CAGCAAUGACGAAUCUCCGGGAGGAAGAGCAAAAACAGAGCCGGAGAAGAGCGAGAAGAGAGGGCAAGAAGUCACACGUGAAAGAGGUCAGAGCAGCUGAAGCAUGCGGCGCAGCGGCACGGCCCUCCCCUUCCUGCUGAGCGAGGUGCGGGAGCUCACGGAUUCAGCCUCGGCACCUGUGAGCCCGCAGGGCACCAGGAUCAUCCGGAGACGCUUCUCGGGGACCCCGCUGCUGCCACCCCUGUCCAGCCGCCUCGGGUCCCCCGGAGCAGACACAGAACCGAGCACCCGUGUGGUAUUCACCAUCGAGACCCGUGGGGCAGAGCCCAGCCAGGGGCCAGCCUUGGGCAGCUUUGACCUGGAAAAUGGAUUUUCAUGCGGAAGAAGCUCCCUUGACCCCCAGGUGGGCCCUGGCUUGGGUCGCGCAGUACAAGCUCCAAGUCAGCACUGCCAACGGCGGGAAUCCUUCCUCUACCGAUCAGACAGCGACUUUGAGCUCUCUCCUAAGGCCAUGUCCAGGAAUUCCUCCGUGGCCAGCGACCUUCACGGAGAAGACAUGAUCGUGACGCCCUUUGCCCAGGUCCUGGCCAGUCUGCGGACUGUUCGGAGCAAUGUGACCGCCCUGGCCCACCUGCCAAGCAGAGGGGCAGCCAGGCAGGCAUCCGUGGGGAAUCCCCUGACUACAGCUCAGCCUCCCGCACCUUCAGAGGAGCCUGGUCACAAGCUGGCAUGGGAGACACUGGAGGAGCUGGACUGGUGCCUGGAGCAGCUUGAGAGCCUGCAGACACAGCACUCGGUGGGCGAGAUGGCCUCCAACAAGUUCAAGCGGAUGCUGAGCCGAGAGUUGACACACCUGUCGGAAACCAGCCGCUCCGGGAACCAGGUUUCGGAGUACAUAGCCCGGACCUUCCUGGACCAGAAGACAGAGAUGGACUUGCCCCUGGUGGCUCAAGCAGAGUCCUCGAGACCCAUGUCCCAGAUCAGUGUCCUGCGUCGAUCCCCACACCAGGCCAGCUUCUCUGCAGCUGCUGUGCCACGCUUUGGGGUCCAGACUGACCAGGAAGAGCAGUUGGCAAAGGUGCUGGAAGGUGUCCAUAAGUGGGGACUGGAUGUGUUCAAGGUGGCAGAGCUGAGUGGGGGCCGGCCCCUCACAGCUGUAAUUUUCAGCAUCUUCCAGGGCAGGGACCUGCUGAAGACCUUCCAGAUCCCCCCCGACACGCUUGUGACCUAUUUGCUAACCCUGGAGAGCCACUACCGCCAGGACGUGGCCUACCACAAUAGUACGCAUGCGGCUGACGUGGCCCAGUCCACGCAUGUCCUGCUGGCCACACCGGCCCUGGAGGCCGUGUUCACAGACCUGGAGAUCCUGGCUGCCAUCUUCGCCAGUGCCAUCCACGAUGUGGACCACCCUGGCGUCUCCAACCAGUUUCUCAUUAACACCAACUCAGAGCUGGCACUCAUGUAUAAUGAUUCAUCGGUGCUGGAGAACCACCACCUGGCCGUGGGCUUCAAGCUCCUUCAGGGCGAAAACUGUGACAUCUUCCAGAACUUCAGUGCCAAGCAGCGGUUGACUCUGCGCAGGAUGGUCAUCGACAUGGUGCUGGCCACUGACAUGUCCAAGCACAUGAAUCUCCUGGCCGACCUCAAGACCAUGGUGGAGACCAAGAAGGUGACGAGCCUGGGGGUGCUGAUGCUAGACCACUACUCGGACCGUAUCCAGGUCUUGCAGAGCCUGGUGCACUGUGCUGACCUCAGCAACCCCACGAAGCCGCUGGAGCUGUACCGCCAGUGGACAGCGCGUAUCAUGGCUGAGUUCUUCCAGCAGGGUGACCGCGAGCGCGACGCGGGGCUGGACGUCAGCCCCAUGUGCGACAAACAUAGUGCCUCGGUGGAGAAGUCUCAGGUGGGUUUCAUCGACUACAUCGCUCACCCUCUGUGGGAGACGUGGGCUGAUCUGGUCCACCCAGACGCCCAGGACCUGCUGGACACGCUGGAGGACAACCGCGAGUGGUACCAGAGCAAGAUCCCCCGGAGCCCCAUGGACACCAGCAGCCCUGAGCACGGGGGCCCCGACAGGUUCCAGUUUGAGCUAACUCUGGAGGAGGCCGAAGAGGAGGAGGAGGAAGGGGAGGAAGAGGGAAAAGAGGGAACGUCAAACCUGGAGUCCUUGGGGUCACCCAGCUGUCAACUGUUGUCCCCAGAAGCCAGUCCAGACCCAGAGACCCUCCUCCUGAACACCCCGAGGACCACGGGCCAUGCCUGUGUGGAUGUUGGGGACGGCGGAACGGCUCCGCCCUGUGACUCCUAAUGGCCCUGCAGCCCUCAGAUGUGCCCAGGCUGGUCUUAGGGUCCACUCUGAUCCCAGGCCAGCUCAUAGCCUCCCCUGGGACUGGCCAGGUCUCCCUGACAUUUACUGAACAGGAUCCUGGGGGGCACUGCCCUCCUGUCCUCCGGGUAGCUCUAUCAGGGAGCUGUGGACUGGGGGUUUCUGUGUCCUCUGCACAGCUAGGUCCCCCAGUCACAUUCUUUUCCUGGCCAACACCUGCUGAAAACAGAGACUCCCCAUGCCGCCCCAGGUCCUGGUGGGUCUGUCUCCUGAUCCCAAAUCUAGGAGGAGAACCCUUGCUGGGGUGGUGGUACCAGAACCUGCCAUGCACACAGUGGGGCGGGUAGCUGGACCCUCCCUGAAAUGUCUUAGAAAUGUGUAUGGGAGUUGAACAUGUCUGUGGGGUUUGAGGAACCCCAUUACUUUGGGGUUUGGGUUGUUUUGGGGGGUCACACCCGGAGACGCUCAGGGCUUACUCCUGGCUCUGCACUCAGGAAUCACUCUUGGCAGGUUCUGAGGACCUUAAGGAUUGCCGAGGAUCCAAACCCGGGUGAUGUGCAUUUUGCAAG